AAGUUAGAAAUGAGGGCUAUUUUCUUCCAUUCUUAUAGGUUAGGGGCUAAAACCGUUAUAUUAUAAGGUGAGGGGCUAAAACCGUCCAACUUAUCAAGGUAAGGGGCUAUUUUUAGGCUUUUGCCGUUAUUGAAGUGGUGAACGGAAAACAGUAGCCAUGAACGCCGGAGCUCUGUUCUUCUCUCCUAAUUUCCACUCUCUCCAUAAACCCAAAAACCCACCCGAUUUUUCCACUAGGAACAAAGCAUCCCCUCUUCGGACCCAAUUCCGGGUCGGGGUCCACAAUCGGUUCCAUGUUUUCCGAGUUUCGGUGUGGAAUUUGGGCAGGAGAAGGAACGGGAAAGUAUACGCAGAUGUUAGAGAAAUGCCGGAGUCGAUAAGGGAGUCGGUGAAAUUUAAAGAUGGGUUAGAAGAUAUAGUGUGCGGAGGAUUUGGAGGGUUCGAUCCCGUGGUGGGAGCAGUUCCCGAAACGUUCCGUUUUCGUGAUUUUGUGUUUUCGGCAUUUUUGUUGUGUAAUAUGGAUAGAGUAAAUAUGAGCAUUGCCAUACUGCCCAUGUCGGCAGAGUUCAAUUGGACUUCAACUACUGUUGGUUUGAUAUAGUCAUCUUUCUUCUGGGGUACCUUCUUACUCAGUGACAGAUUGCUGGUGGCAUAUGGGCGGACACGGUGGGAAGUCAGUCCUGGCUUUUGGCGUAGUUUGGUGGUCUAUUGCUACUGUUCUUACUUCUUGUUAGUAACAGAAAAGAAGAGGGAUAAUUUGAUGAGAGGAUGUCACUUUGCAGUUUGAUGAUAAUGAGAACAUAGUGUGUUCCCAAAAGAUAACAUGAUGUAAAACUCAGAGUUUUUAUGACACAGAAUCCCAAUAACGAUAUCCUUUUAUA